AUGGACUUUGACGCCGCCUGGUGUCCCGCCUGCGAUAGGCAGAUUCAGCCAAAGCGCUACACCGUCCUCGUACAACCCACCACCACCGCCCCCCCACCGCCCCCACCCUCGUCCCCCCGCAAGAAGGCCGCCGUCAACAAGAAGGGCGGUCUCGUCAACGGCACAGGUCGCGUCCGCCCCAAUGGCACGAUCAAGCAGUCCCCGCCCGCAGCCCCCGCGCCUCCGCCGAAGACCCGCACCGUCAUCGACCAGGGCCCCCUACCCCUCUACUGCUCCGACGAGUGUCAGCUCGCCGACCUCACCCGCCGCACAGCCGCUCCCUUCGACCCAUCUCGUGAGGAGCCCGUGUCAGCCGCCCCAGUAAAGCCGAAGAAGAAGACCGCCUUCACCACAGCACCCAGCGAGAGCGGCAGCGACACGUCCAACGAGUCAAAGCCCCUCUCCUCCAUCGAGCGGCUCGCCCAAAUGUACAAUUUUCCCCCGCUCCCCCCGCCACCACCCACAUACGAGGAGCCCGUUUACGACUACCCCCCCGAGGAGUACAACUCGGGCAUCAUGAUGGCUGGCCGCCUCAUCUCGUCCCUCUCAGCACCCCCAGCGAAGCCCCAUGUCGGCCGCUAUCGCCCCGCCCCUGAGCCCUACAAAGUCGUCCCCGGCUGGUCCGACGGCAGCAACGCCUGGCGCUCAACGGUCUACUCUUUCUCAGCUCCCAAGAGUGCGCAAGACCCAUUCAACCGCGACUCCACAGCAAAGUCUUACGGCUCCUUCACCGCUGCCUCCCACCGCUCUCGCCCAGUCAGCCAAACCCUCUCCGCUCCCUCCGCCUCUUCAGCACCCUCCCACUCCCAAUCCGACGACAUGCUUGCCAAGUUCGGCCAGAACUUCGCCCGCCGCUCAGAGUCGCGCACUUCCCUCUAUGCUGGCUCCGCUGCCACCCCCUCAUCGCCCUCGUCUGCUCACUCUCUUCCAGUCCGCCGCGAGCGUUCGAUCGUCCCACCAAGCGCCGAGGGCAAGCUACCUGGUUCCCGACGUAAAGCUCAAGGUGCACAGCGGAUCGAGUGCAUCGCUCUCCAGCGCCUGGAGCGCGACAGCGACGAUGACUUCGAUGCCUUCGAUACCUUCGCCACCAGGCGUCCGACCAUUGAGACGCGCUCCUGGUCGUAUGACAAUGUCAAGACCUACCCCAUCAUGCAACUCCCGCCGAAGACGAUCAAGAAAGUCGAGACGCAGCUAAUCGACGGCGAAGAGCGACAAGUCGAGGUCGAAGUCGAGGUGCCGCAAGAGCGAAAGCGCCUUUUCCUGUUUGCACCAACAACGAGGAUCUCACAGUGA